AUGGUUUCUGAAAGCGGCGAUGUGCUGGAUGACCUGAGGAACAUCGACAUCGGAAGUGUGGAAGAAGCCAACUUCAUCAAAGAAAAACUGUGUAAUCUGCUGAGAGAGUUUCAAGCCAACAAAUCUCAAAGGGAAAGGGCUGGGAGGAAAAGCCUAUCAGGUUUUUACAGAGAUUAUAAUCACCUGAGCUCCCAGCAACAAGGACCUUCAACCGACCACAAGAUCCACAAGAUCACAUUGAAAGGGGGCGGAGAGAUCCACAAGGUCGGUUUGAAAAAGGUUGGAGAGAUCCACAAGAUCACUUUGGAAGAGGACAGAGAGAUCCACAAGAUCACCAGGGAAGAGGUGAGAGAGAUUCACAAGAUCGCUUUGAAAGCGGUCAAAGAGAUUCACAAGAUCACUUUGAAAGGGGUCAGAGAGAUCAACAAGAUCACCUUGGAAGAGGUCGGAGAGAUUCAAAAGAUCACUUUGAAAGGGGUCAGAGAGAUCAACAAGAUCACCUUGGAAGAGAUCAGAGAGAUUCACAAGAUCGCUUUGAAAAAGGUUGGAGAGAUUCACAAGAUCACUUUGAAAGAGGUCGGAAAGAUUCACAAGAUCGCUUUGAAAGAGGUCAAAGAGAUUCACAAGAUCACUUUGAAAGGGGUCAGAGAGAUCAACAAGAUCACCUUGGAAGAGGUCGGAGAGAUUCACAGGAUCACUUUGAAAGGGGUCAGAGAGGUCAACAAGAUCACCUUGGAAGAGGUCAGAGAGAUUCACAAGACCGCUAUGAGGAUUGUGGAAGAGGCCGAAAAGAUCACUAUGAUCCUGUACGAUCACGUGAGAGAUCAGAUCCCAGAGCUACACAUCGAGAUUCAUAUGAAGAUGUUUUUGGAAAGGCCGCUCCUGAUACCAAAAGAAGUCCUGUUCGACGUGGCGUGCAUAAUUACCCACAAUCCUCCUCUCUCCCAGAUGUAUGGUCACCCAAGCAGAGGCUAGACAGGAUGCAGCCCACUUCGGAGUUUGACCCCCGCCUGCCCCUUCCCCCAACCCCCCCGCAGCGGGGUCAUAGCGGCCCCGAAAACUCAGCCUCCCUGGAAAAGAUCACCUCUACCCUCCUGCAGAUGGUGGCCCGCAAUCGCCCUUUCUGACCUGCCCUUCGCCGCCACCUGCUGGCCAGCUGAGGCAGUGCAGCUAAACGUAGUCUCGUGUGAAUGACGAACAUGGUGUCAAAUUGGGUUUCAAAUUUUUAUAGUUCAGAGGUUUGACUUGCUCGGUUUUUCCAGACACUAAGUAGAUAUGUCGUGGGGCAGCCAUGGCAGCGGUUAUGCUGUUAAAUUGUGCUGGUGGUGGGACUGCUUCAGCCUGUACAGAAAUCAGCCGUGAGUUUACCUGCCUCCUCCUCCUCCUCUCUUCCCUGUCCCGUUCAGUAUACAGCGCUCAACAUGUCAGAAGCCCUUCAUUUUCCCCUAUUUCUGAUUGUAUUCAGGCCAGUUAUUACCUUUUUUUUUUUUUUACCAGUUAUGCUCAUUUUGUCUAGUGUUCAUUAAAAUGCUGUUCUUGGAACCAAGCAAAUUUAUCUUUA